AUGAUGAAGGACAAGAUGAAGGAGUUCAUGAAGAAGGUCACCUCCUCCGGGUCCGGGACCGCCUCCUCCUUCAAGGGCACCUCCCACGUCCUCGGCUCCGGCCCCUCCCCCUCCUCCUCCCACCCCGCUGCCCGCCCCUCAAACCCUAGCCCAAACCCCAGGCCCGCCCCUAAGCGGCCGUCGCCACCUCCCCCGCCCACCUCAACCACCGAUUUCACCCCCUUCACGCCCCUCGUCUCCUCCUCCUCCUCCUCCCGCCGCCCCGAUGCGAACGGCACCGCGGCCGCCGCCACCGUCGCGUGCCCCAGCUGCGGAGACGCGUUCCCGUCCGAGCUCGCCGUCUCCGAGCAUCUCGACGGCUGUCUCGCGUCGGCGGGGGGCGCCCGCGCGCGCGCCGCCGCGUACCUCGCCGCCGACCCGCCUCCGCCCGGGGCCUCCGUCGAGGUGGUCAAACGCCUGCUGGGCAAUCUGCUCCGGGAGCCCGGCAACGACAAGUUCAGGCGGGUGAGAUUGGGCAACCCGCGGAUCAAGGAGGCUGUGACGGACAGGGAUGGCGGGGUGGAGCUCCUGGAGGCCGUCGGCUUCACGGUUGGGGAUGAGGGCGGGGAGCCCUUCGCCGUGAUGGACGAAGUGCCCAGCGACGCUAGGCUCAACGGGAUCAGGAGGGCCGUCCUCCUGCUCGAGGGGGCACACCCCUCUGCGCCUCCAGUGAAGGCGGAGGCUGAGGCCAAGGAGAGCAGCAGCAAUGUGGCUGAUGUGCAGGAAGGUGCUAAGACUAUUGAUCGGCAGAUUCAGGUAUUUGUCUCUGUUCCUGGGAGUUAUGUGGCACAAAACGAUGUACCAGAUUCUUUUUACAAGCUUAGUGGUGAGGAGAUAAGGAAUGAAGCAAAGAUGAGGAGGGAAAGGUUAGAACAAUCUCGAUUGCUGAUACCAAAGUCUUACAAGGAGAAGCAGGCAUUGGCUGCUCGACAGAAGUAUAAACAAGCAGUCAUUCGAGUUCAGUUUCCAGAUAGAAUGAUUCUUCAGGGCGUAUUCCUACCAGGAGAGGCCACUAGUUCACUGUAUGAGUUCGUCACAUCUGCUCUGAAGCAACCAGGUUUGGAAUUUGAACUUAUCUCUCCAGCCAUUCCUAAGCCACGUGUGGUGCCCCAUUUUCCAAACCCGGGAGAGCGGGCACGCACCUUGCAAGAGGAGGACCUGGUCCCUUCCGCGCUCCUCAAGUUCAUUCCCAAGGAGACUGAUUCCGUGGUUUUCACCGGUUUGCUUGAUGAGCUUCUCAUGGCCAGUGAGCCGCUUCCUGCUGCAUCACAAUGA